CUCUCUCCAUCACUCAUCAGCGACACACUCGUCAGCAAGCAUUCAACAACUCGCAGCCAGCCUUCACUGCCGCUGGCAGUCACACUGGACUAGAAACCUCUACCAGUCUGUCAGCUGUUUGGGGGGAGAAAAGCACAAGAACAGGUUUUAAGACCACAAUGAACAGUCAGUCUGCCAUCAACAAAGAAGUCUUCAUCCCUCGUGAUGAGCGGCUGUUGGUAUCAGUGGAGGUAUGGAGGAGGAAAAGAAAGAAGAUCUCUUUUCUGCCUCCUGGAGCCAAGAGAGAUUAUGCCACAUUCAUCUGUGUUUCAGUGACCAACACCGUACCACAUCAGCUCUUCAUUACAAAAGUGAAGCAGUUUGGUGGGUCCUCCUCCUUCACCAGGAGGUCCCAGUGGACAGUUGAGCAACUCAGACAGGUCAAUGGCAUUAACGCCAACAAGGAUAGCCCAGAGUUUGACCUAGUGUUUGACAACGCUUUUGACCAGUGGGUGGCAAGGUCAUCAGCAGAGAAGUGUAUCUUUAUCCAGAUCCUGUACCAUGCCUGCCAGACCUACUGGCAGGGGAAAGCAGGCAGUUUGGGAAAGCCUGUGAAACUGAUCAAGGUAGGCCAACAGGGGAGAGCAACUCAGGGUGCUCACCCUGAGGUUGGAGCUGGUCCAAGCGAUUCCUCUGCAUCCAGAACUGCGAAGGCCCGACGAAAAAGCUAUGUUCCACCCAGAGAGACAGAGUUCAUCAACUGCCAAUCCAAACUUACCGGAGAUGCCUGCACCAUGAAUCUGGUCAUCUACCGCUGCAAAGUCUUCCUGAAUCGCAUGAAGAACUUGAUAGUUGCAAACCAAAACCGUUCACCUGGUCGAGUUAAGGCAACAGUUAAAGAGACACUUAAGUCAGGUCAGACUAGACAACGUGUCACAGGAGGAACUCUGGGUAAUGUAGCCAAGAGGGUGAAUGUGACUCUGGGGCAGCGUGGAGACAGAUUGACCCAUGCUGAAGAUAAGACUGUGGAGCUGAUGCACAAAGCCCAGCAGUUUGCAGACACUGCUCAUAAGCUGGCCCUGAAGUAUUCAAAGUAGAGUCUGGUGGAUGAGGCUGCAUUCUUCAGGAAUCCUGUAACAUGAACACUCACACUAUCUGAUACAGUCUGGGCCCAGCAGAUGCAGAUAAUGCCUUUAUGAAAGUCUGUUAGGUAGAAGAUCAUGUAGUCAUUCUGUCAUCAGAAUGCUUCAUUUAAAACUGAGUGCAACUAAAAUGACUAAAUACUCUGCCCUACUGUUUGUGAUAUUUGAUCUGUCCAUUUGAAAUGUUUCUGUCCUGUUUCCACGGUGUUAGAAUUUGAAUGUCUUCCCUGUCAUUACAUUGUGUCCCAAAAGUUUGUCCUCCCCAAUGGACAACAUGUUUGAUUGUUUGUCACCAAAAUGAGUUACACCUGGUCAAUCAGGUACUGUUUGACUGUUGGUCUGGUCCAACUGUCAUAUGCCAGUAUAAAAAUUUCUUCCCUGACCAAAAUGCAUUUCACUCGCAACCAGAUUUUGGAAGCGUUGUUACCAUGGCCAAGAGCAAAGGUGGAAAGACUGCUCUUUCAGAGUCAGAGAUUCGUGCACAGGCCAUUGCUCUUGGAAAUGCAGGAAAAGCUUAUCAUCAGGUAGCUCAAGCCCUUGGCAGAAGUAUGCACUGGGUGCAGAAGUGGUGGCAAUGGUACAACAAAGGAGGAUCCUUCAAAGACUAAACUUGCUAAGGACGUCCAUCUGCCCUUCCUGCAAGAGUCAAGGAUCUGAUGAAAAAGGCCAAGGGUAAAAGAUAUUAGUCAUGCCGCCAACUCAGUAAGAAGCUGAAAAAUCUUUGAGAAAAUAUUUCUAAGAGCACUGUGCAUCGUUAUUUAACAGAAACAUUGGGGCUGAAAGCUUACAAGAGGCAAUGUACCCCACGACUCACCAAACUGCAAAAGGAGAAGAGACUGACUUUAACAAAGAUUUCAUAACUCUGACUCAAAAAGACUGGGAGAACUGGAUUUUUUCUGAUGAAUGGCCUCUCUACUAGUUUCAAACACCCAACAGUCAAAACAACCCUAUCUAUACAAGUGAUUGUGAAAAUGUACCAUCUUCUGAGCAAGUGAAACUGAACGGAAAAUGUUUAACAGAUGUUCAGAAUUGGUAUUUAUGCAAGAUGGUGCCCCUGCUCACACUGCCCGUUUGACUCAGCAGUAGUGUUCUGAGCAUCUGCCUGCAUAAGGAGGAAUGGCCACCAAACUGCUCUGACCUAAGCCCAAUUGAGAACUGUUGGGGAAUCCUCAACAGUCACAUCUUUACCAGUCCACCACCGACCACCAUGAAACAGCUCAACUCUGGGGCUGUGUGAUAGUGGAGGAAGAUAGAACCAGCAACUCUCAAAAACCUCAUACAUUUCAUGGCGGAAAGACUGAAAGCUGUGGUCAGAGUGAAAGGGGGAAUUACUGGUUAUUGAAUGCAUUUAUUACAUUGCAUAUUCAGUCUUUGAGCUAUUCUUUCUGGUGAGAACAAACUUUUGGGACAUGCUGUAGAUAUUAAUGUUCAUUGUAAGAAUAAGAGAUUCGGGCUUAAAAAGAGCUGCAGAUAUUAAACAUCUGUGUUCAUAUGUGUUUUAAUAUGCCUUUAAACACCAAAGCAGGCCUUCCCAUUGCACUCCAAGAACAGUUAAUUCUUUGUUUAAACUAGCGUAUUAUUUGAAAUGUCUUUCAUUUAAUCAUGUGAUUUAAUCAUGUUGCAGUUUGGUAUCACCACUCUUAUCAUUCUCUGUGUGUGUGUAUGUGUGUGCUGUCUAUGUCAUGUGCCAUCUAUGUCCACACCAUUGUGUCACCAAAGUGUCACUUUAUUUAUUGUCUGUUGUGUCUUAUGGUCUGUGCAUUUUAUUGUGUUUGUGUUUGUGGUCUUGUCUUGGACGGUUGAAUGAAGGUGGACCAGAUGGUUCAGGUAAGUUUAAGUGUUUAUGAUUAAGAGAUAAACAUAAAGCAGUGUCUGUAAACACAGUCUGUGUAGGCAGUCAAGGUGUUUUUUAAACCUGAAAUUACUGUAAUUGAUGUACUUUAUGUGUAUGUCCUCUUUAAAUUUUGUUUUUUAUUUCUUAUGGCUACCACUUGUUGUGAUGUAAAUAUCGUUGAAGCAUUAACCUAUUGAUAAUGCUCCCAAUCUUCUCUUUGGCUCAAUUAAAUAAGAGUAUGUUGAGAUACA